AUGGCCAGGCCUACCACAUGGGCAAUGGCCUACCAGACCCUAGGGACACUCUGCUAUGAAACUUGGAUCAAUGCCAGCAUCCUCAACUUUCAUCUCCUGUCCCAAUGGUAUGCUGUCCAGGGCAGGAUGCAUGUCCACUAUGCUGACUUGUUCUCUGUCAUUCCAUCUGUCAGUGGGGGCACCCAUGCCUUACCAGAUGCACAGGAGAUUCAAUUUUUUCAUCAAUGCCAUCUCUUUGAUUCCCAUCCUGCUGAUCCAUCUGUUCCCAUUGCCUUUGUGGUCAUGCAAAACAGUCACUUCUUUGUUGCAGUCAUUGAUUAUUGGUUGAACCUUGCAUUCAUCCUUGGAAGGUGCAUUGAACAUGUCCCUGAAACCCCCCAUCCCUACUAUGACCCACUGCACAAUGACUGGAACACAUGGAAUGGCCCUUUCUACUGGACACACAUAGCAUCUCUUCAUGGAUUUGGUGCCAGUGACCCAACCCAAGUUGAUGUGCAGGUGUACAAUUGGUCACAGAAUGGUUUUGACUGUGGGCCCAUUGCAUCCUCUAUCAUGGAGUCACUCAUGAGAGGAGGGCUAUCUGGUGAUGGCAGGCCUACCAUUCACAUCCCUCCAAUUCCUUGUGGUCAUUGUCUCUGCCUUAGAAUGCUUGUCAUGGUGAAGGAGGGCUGUCAAAGGUGCUGGGAGGACUAUCAUUACUUGUCUACAACCACCCUUCCCCCUGGCCACAUAUGGACACAGUGGGAUGACACUGAAGCCAUUGGUGAAGACAUCCUCAUGGAUGUGGAAAACCAAUCAUCUGGAGAGCAACAUGCUACCAUUGUCUGUGAGUUGAAUGUCAUUGGGGCCAACUGCCUUUGCUGCCAAAGGGGGGAUGACUCUGGCAAUGUAGUGAACCCUGAUGUGCACUCUGAUGGUGACUUUCUGACUGACACUGAAGAUGAAGGUGAAGACCAUCAUUUGCCUCAGGAUGCCAAGUCUCAGAGUCUCAGGGAUCUCCUUUGGCACUACCCAUAUGUGAGCAGGGCCAGAGCCAGGGAUCAACUUCCUCCUCAGGCUGCCCAUGGUCAUCAAGUUGAAGGGGAAUCCACUCCAGAUGAUCCCCUUGAGAUCAUCCAGCAAUGCAAGCAUGUCAAGGACUGGUUGGCUGGAAUGAUGUACCAUUUCCCACAUCCAACUCCACCAGUAUACCUCCCUGCAUACCAGGGUCAACAAUGGAAGUGUUUUGAUUGCAGGUUUGAUGAGUAUGAAGGAGGACCUGUCUUGGAAAGCUUGCACCAGGACUGCAACUGCAAUGAGAUCAUGGAGGAGCCCUACUACCAGCCUGGGAUGUGGACAUCCUUUUGA